GUCUAAACUCCAAACUUGAAGAACACCCACACCCACACCCACAUCAACAAAAGAGAAAUCCCUUCCUUUGGCCCCAACCCCCAAGUCAUGGCUUUCUGCCUAUAUAAAUAACAAAUUGGGUUCUUCCUGGUAUGCAUUAGAAACCCAGAAUCUUAAUUCUUCUGCUAUGGGAACCAAGAUUCUAACCUCAUCUAGCCAAGGGUUCGAGAUAGAAUGCAAAGAGAUUCAUGAUUCUUGGGGAAGGGUGAACCAGUUGGUUCGAUCAUUAGCUACCAAGUCCAAGAUUGAAAGGCAACAGAUUAGAGAGACUUACAAGGCAAUGUAUGGAGAAGAUAUAACAAGUUUUCUUGAAAGGAUGUGUAUCUCUAGUGACCAAAGAAAUGAGGCUAAAAUUGGAUCUAAAGUUUUUGCAGCCUUGUCUUUGUGGAUGGUACACCCACAUGAACGUGAUGCUAUUGUGGCCAAGGAAGCUCUUGAACAAGGUGAUACUAACUACAGGGCUCUUGUUGAAAUCUUUGUGGGUAGAAAGUCAAGUCAUAUUAUGCUCAUCAAACAAGCCUAUCAAUCAAGAUUCAGAAGGCAAUUGGAUCAAGAUAUUAUCAAUCUUGAACCACCCCAUCCACUCCAGAAGAUUCUGGUAGCAUUAGCAGCAUCACACAAGGCUCACCAAGCAGAUGUUAGCCAACAUAUUGCUAAAUGUGAUGCUAAGAGGCUGCAUGAAGCAGGGGAAGGGGGUUCAGGAGCCAGUGAAGAAGCUGUUGUGCUUGAGAUCCUAAGUAAAAGAAGUAUUCCACAGAUGAAACUCACGCUUUCUAGCUAUAAACACAUCUAUGGACAUGAGUACACUAUGAAACUCAAGAAGGGAAAUUCUAGGGAAUUUGAAGAUUCACUUAAAACAGUCAUAAAAUGCAUGUGCAAUCCUCCUAAUUAUUAUGCAAAGGCAUUGUAUGCCAGCAUUAGAGGGACAACAGCUGAUAGAGGUGCCUUGACAAGGGUGAUGAUGAGCAGAGCAGACGUUGACAUGGAUGAGAUUCAAGGGAUGUUCAAGAAGAAAUAUGAGAUGGAACUGAGAGAUGCAAUAUGUGAGAGCAUUCCAUCUGGGGAUUACAGAGACUUUCUUGUUGCUUUAGCCACUAAGACAACUGCUAGUUGAAAUGAUAUAUAUGUUCUGUAGUGGCAGAAUUUUGUUUAUAGGCAAGUGAAAUAUAUAUAUAUAUAUAUAUAUAUAUA